AUGCAGAAUCAACUUUAUCUCGCUGGGGACUCCCCGAGAGCUGCUUCCACGGAGUCGCCGCUGAGUGCCCACGAGCCAAUUCAUCAACCCUCGUCCGCGUCUCUGUUUCCUCACCAGUCCCGGCCUGCAUUGUCACCCUCGGAGCCAUCGACCAUGUCGGCCUUCUACUCCCCUCACGGAAUGGAAUCGAUGUCUCCCCACGAAGGCUCUUCUUACUUGGGGGACAAUCUAAGACCGGGCGGUGGAGGAAGUGGUACACCGUCUCCAGCUCAGAUCUCGGCUAUGAUGAUGCACAAUCCGAAAAGGGCAUACAGGCAAAGGAGGAAGGAUCCAAGUUGCGAUGCAUGUCGGGAACGCAAGGUGAAGUGUGAUGCGACCGAGACCUCGAGCUGUACGGAGUGCUCGAGCCGGAAUGUCCGUUGCCAGUUUACAAAAGACACAAACCGCCGAAUGUCGUCAAUAAAACAAGUGCAGGAUCUAGAGAGACAACUGUUAGAGGCUCGCCAGCAGCUCGAACGGUUUCAUGCGGUCGAACGAAUCAACGAUGUCUUCGCAGACCCUCGUCCCGACACUGCCCUCUCAGUUUUUAGCGACUUUCCUACAGUGGGCAAAUCGCCUAGGAGAAUGUUGAAGGCCAAAUCCCCUCAAGACCUGACGAAUGCGAGGCUGAUUUUGAACGAUGUGGGACGCGGUUUGUUGAAACCUCCGGUCACAGGGGGGCAGCACAGAUCUCAUGCAGCACAUGCCAGUGUUUCGGACCUGCCAGGACUGCCCUCGCGCCCUGUCGCGGAACGAUUACUCCAUUACUACCAUGAGAGUAUUCAUCGUCACUUUCCUGUGUUAUACUGGCCAAGGUUCCAGCGGACCUUCACCAUUGCAAUGGACAAAACAGGUGGGCAUUCAUUACCAAUCGACUGGAUCGCGACGCUAUAUGCCGUGCUUGCUUGUGGCGCGCUGGCAACCCAUGACCCCAGUAGGCUUCCCGAAGCGCAGGAAUACCUCACCAGGGCCAUCUCGUCCAUCAAUUUCUGGGAGGAUGAUGUCUCCACCAACCAAGCUAUCAUGGCAUUCUUGGCCAGUAUUGCACUUCUCGAGAUGAAUCGGAAAUCCGCAAGCUGGAUCUGGUUGGGUUCGGCCAUCCGUAUUGUGCAGGACCUUGGUUUACAUGUCCAGGGAGGCCAAUGGUCGCCCGUCGAGGGAGAAAUGCGCAAGCGUAUCUGGUAUUCGUUCUAUGUCUGGGAUCGUCUCCUGGCUCUGGAAUUAGGGAAGCCGAUGCUCAUCAACGAUGACGAGUGUGACACUGAAUAUCCACAAGUUCUUGACGAAGAGCGUCUCGUUACAGACGACCUUCAAACGCCGCUUCCUCCCACGUUAUUGCUUGCUAACAUCCACGUUGCGCGGCUUCUGGCGCCACUGGCCAAAAGCUUCCGCUCACUUUGCAUUACGACCGAGGCCUUGACCCGAUUUGAGAGCCAUUUGGGCGAAUGUCUACAGCUUUUUCCACGGCCUCUACAACUCACAACCUCGGCAUCUCUAGACCCCUGUAUCAUGCAGCCGUUGAUUUAUUUCCAGAAUGCCCGGGUGCUGCUCCAUCGUCAUAACCUCUCCCCUUCCUGCUCGCCCGAGCAGAGGUUUCAAGCGAUUGAGCAGUGUGUUCAUGCAUCCCGGGAUACAGCAGCUUUGCUUUCCCGAUGUAUGCUGCCGCACAUACAGUCCCAUGACUGGGAACAAAGGUUCAUUCUAUCUGCGACGACACUGCUUUGUACACACUUGUGGCGGUGCAUGCUUUUUCUCCUCUUCCGAGAACUUUACGAUGCUUUUUUCGUUGUUUGCAGGGCGGCUUCUACCAUCAAUGAUGCUCAAAUCAUCAACAUCAGCUGCGGAAGGCAUCUAGCCUUUUUUCUGCAGCGGCUCAAAGAGCAUUACGAACAGCCAAACCCACCCGAGGUCGAACAAGAUGAAGAGUUACUGGUCUUCUUAUCUGCCGACCUACAGGGCAGUACAAACAGCUGGGUAUGGGGCCAAGCUGAGACAGGCACUCACCUUAGUCGGCGGCAAAAACAUGGCAGACCCAAGCACAUGCCUCAUGCCAAUGACACGCAAGGGUCUUCGGCCGCACAAUCGCCGGUGUGGGAUAGCGCGUUGUCAGAGGAAGAACAGCACGAUCGCGGAGGAUGGCAACGAGUGGAGCAUUCUGCGAGAUAUCUACAGCGCCUACGAGAAUCCAGGCACCAACAGCUGCAUGAACAGAGUCAACCUAGCUUUGCGAGACCGCCGCUGACAACUGAGCAUUACCCCGGACCAACGCUGGCACCAAUUGGUACAUCAGGUCCACCGCCGGACUCAAGCCGGUCACGAAUGACGAUUGCGAACAUACUUUAG